UAGCGGCAAAUUUAAAGAAGCAGUUUGAACGUUUCGCACUGUACAGAAGCUGGUAAAACAUUUUAUUAUUACAAGAAAAUGGUGUCAGAACAGAGCUGCAGUAGUAUCAAAUGGCAAAAGGAAUUUUCGACCACGUGAAAUUGCGCGUUAGUUUUAUUAUUUCUAUCGUGUCAAAUGUAUUUCGUCGCAAUUAUUUGAAGCAGCUAAACAAAUUGAACAGGUUGCUCGGUCACGUCAGCCAUCUGGCGGCCAUUUUGUAUACAUGGCUGCUCGGCGAAGCGUCUCCCCACUCUUAGCCCCACGCCAGUCACUAAAGCGCGGGCUAAGGUUCAAGUUGCAUUUUAGAUGCGAGCGAACGCACAUCGUUUUCGGUUAGUGGUCAUGAAUUAAGUGAAAUCUUGGGUACUUCAACGAAGAUACAACAACUUGUGCGGGUGGUGUCUCGGUGUGGACUCUGGCGAUCAACAAUUCGGGGAUCGAGUCCACUGGAACGGUGGAGGGUGAUUCGGCGGCGUCGACCGUUUCUGGAGCAGUAAAUAUUCGACCGUACCAGAGCUACAAGUGAUUGGAUAUUUUUGGAGGAUCCCAGAAUAAUCACCGCGUCAAAAUAAGAUCCGUUCCAGACCCGAUAUGAGGCAAUUACCGUGGAUCUCGUACUUCCUCCAAUUACUUCUGUUGACCUCGCUAUUCACCCCGGGUUUAUCCGCGUCGACGAGGUCCCGCGGGAAGAAGAAGAUCGCCAAGGAGACGAAGGAGUCGAACAUUUGUGUGAUCGAAGGCAGACAAGCACCUAUAUACUGUUACUGCGACAGCAACGCCAUUAAAAAUGCUACUGAGGCUACUUGUGUGGUGCUCAACCAUUUCACUUCGAACGAUCCAACCUGGACCUACUUCAAUUCUCAGAUAUACCUUCAGAAAUUGAAGUUCAUCGUUAGAACGCCGAAUGGGUUGGAUUAUAUAUCUAUACCGGUGCUGAGGCAAUUAAAGAACCUGCAUGUCAUCACGUUCCAAGAUGCUAAUAUCGAAGAAUUGACAGAAUACGCGUUCUCGAAUCUACCUACGAUCGGGGAGAUCAAUUUGAGCAGAAAUUCGAUCGCUACAUUGAGGAUGCACGCGUUCGAGAACAUGAAAAAUCUGUCGAUGAUCAAUUUGGACGAGAAUAGGAUCAUUGAGAUCAACAGAGACACAUUCGUCAAUCUGCCCUCACUGAAAGUCCUCUACCUGAACGAGAACAACAUCAGCACCCUGUACGAUAAGGCAUUCAAGCAUUUAACCUCGUUAGAGGAACUCGAGCUGUUCGAUAAUCAGAUUAAAGUGAUAACAGCGGACAGUUUUCACGGUCUGAGGAAUUUGAUCCGGCUGGACCUUCGUAACAAUUUGAUUGCAAUGAUCGGUGAUCGUACAUUCAUCGAGAUGCCAUCGCUCAGAGAAUUGGAGCUCGAUCAGAACGAGAUUGCGUUCAUAUCGGAGAAGGCAUUGGAUGGUAUGAGGAACCUGAAGAAGCUACGACUCAGUGAUAAUAAGUUGGUUACCCUGGAACCAGAUUUCCUCGCCGGAGCACCUGGAGUUUACUUCCUGGAUCUCAGGGAUAAUCUUCUGAAGACGAUCACCUUCGACAAUGUGAAGCCCAUUGUGACCAACCUGUACAACACCACCAGCCAUUUUUACCUGAGCGGAAAUAAACUGAUCUGCGACUGUAAACUGGCAUGGAUCUGGGGGCUGAGGAACGAGACGAAGAACCAGAAGCUACGGGACGGCCUGGAGAAACUCACUUGCUUCCUGGAGAGCCAUAACACGACUCUAAAGACCAACAACGAGAACCUCGAAUGGAACGAGGCACUCGAGAUUGCACGAAAUCAAGAAGAAUAUCUUGCUGGAAACUCAAGAGGUGGUAACAUCGACGACGACGACGCUUACUUGGGCGACGAGUACGAGAGUAAAGAUGGAUACGAGGAUUCCCCCUCAAAUUCCGAUUUUCAGCCGAAGAUGCAGAUGCAGAUGCAGAUGCUGGAAGGGAAGACGGUUUACUUGAAGACUUUAUUCGAUUUAAAAUUAGAGGAACUUCCAUGCCCGGAGCCCUCGAGAGAGGACUUAAUGGCAUCCGAGCAACCCUCGGGUCGCCACGAGAACGCUCGUGUCGGUUCGUCAGGGUCUAUCUGGUCCUCUUCAUCGUCCAAACCUGUUCAUCUCGAUUUAUCCGUCCUCGCGUGUUCCCUGAUUCUUUUGUUGUCGGUAUUAUUCACGUAGAAGAGGCUUUGCUCAUCAAACGACCCACGAAACAGAUCAGAAGGACGGCCCGUGGACGAGGACGAGGACGUUUCUCGGUAUUCUGAAAUAUAAGCGUGUAUUAUCUAACGAAUCGCGCUGGUGUGUGCGUGUGGGUGUCGUGUGUGUCCUUAGAGACUCGAUGAUGAUCUAACGAAUUUAGGACACUUCGAACGGCCUGUACGAAAUGAAAAUGAAGGAGGUGGCUCUUCGUCGUCUCCUAAGAGGUCAUCUUGUUAUCAAUGGAAUCUUUUUGAUGGGACUUCAGUAUGUUGAUGAUAAUUGGUGGAUGAUAAUUGGCUCAUGAUUUUUUAGAAAUUGAGUAUAUUUUCAAUUUUUUAGACAUUUGACAAAAUUUAAUUGCUAGGUAAUUAAAAUUGUAACUUAAAAUUCCAGGUGGACAUUGCGAAUAAUUUAGAGUUCGAAGCUGAUAAUAAUUUCAAAAUUAAAUCUUCAAUUUUGGAAGAAAAAUAAUAAUUUAAUUGCUAAUUAAUAUUGGAGAUUGAAACUUCAAGUAGAUGUUUUGAAGAAUUAAAAUUAAAAUGUGAGCUGAUGAUACUUUUAAGUAAUGAAACUUUCAAAUUUUGGAGAAAAGAGACUGGAACUUCUCAUAUAUUUAGAAAAUUUCACUUGGAUAAUAUAAAAAUGAAAUUUUAAUUUCUAUUUAAAAAGGCACCAUCAAUCAAAGCUCGUGAGCUGUCAUUUUGACAAACAGCUAGAAGUGUGUCUGGAGUUUGACGGAGACGACGUUGAGUCGAAUCACUUGUUUCUUUCCGACGAUCAGGAUGCCACGAGUGAUUCCAUUGUCGUGAAAGUAUCAUUCAAAAGCUUGUGAAUCGGUGAGGACACGUCGGAAACGUGGUGAAUUGGAUAUCGAGCGUGAUACCACGAGAAAACACCAACGCCUGGAAGUGUUUGAACAUCUUCAAAAGAAGGUACACUCUGAUUCAAUUUCUAUAUCCUGACCUAGUAUAUCUUUUUAGUAAACAUUUUUUUUCGGGGUAUCUCUUAUUCUGACGAUUCUAUUCUUUAGAAUAUUUAUAUACUCGUUGGGAAAAAGUCUUCGUGAUAAGAUCCUGAAACAUUUCAAAGAAUUUUCUUUUAUAAAAUUAUAAAUAUCUAUAUUAAUCAAAUUUUUGAAGAAUUUGAAUUUUUACAAGAAUUUUUAAUUAGAAUUAAUUUUUUGUCUAUUUCUAUGAUAUUUAUUAAUGAUUCUCUUUCGUUUAUCAAUUUAGUAAUUAACGCACAAAUUUUAAUAUUCCCAUUAUAUAAUAUUGACACCCUCUUUGUAUUAACAAAAGUGUUUGAUAUUAACAAAGGUACUUUACCGCGUUAAAAUCAUAAUUAAUAUUGAAGAUAUUCUAAUCAAAAGGGACAUUAAUAUGUCGAACCUGCUAAAAUUGAAUAAUUUGCAUUUCGUAAUUAAUUGUAAUAUCAUUGCUCAUAUAAUGGAAACAACAAUCGUCCCCUAUUAUGUUCAUAAAGAUGGGAUAUAUUGUUGAGUCAAAUGGACCCUUUUACAAUAAAUCCCACAGAUAAAAUGCAGUAAAAUUUUUAUUCCAAUUUGAAUAAAAUUCAAUACGAAAUAAAUUCUACAAAUAUUGUUAGGUCAAAUAGACCGUUUCACAGUAAAUUCCACAAAAAUAAUCCAAUAGUAAAAUUUUUAAUUCAAUUUAAGUAAAAUUCAAAAUGAAAUAUAUCAAAAUACGAAUAGAAAUAAAUCUUCUAUUGUCUGGUCAAAAUAUUUUGAAGUCCAGUGAAACGAAGACUUUUUCGAUCGAGUUCAGAUCAUCGUCGCUUGCCUUGUUCGCAUACACGCAAACGCACACACAUAUAAGAUUGUUUUCCACGAGGCCAUGGCGAUUUCAGGCCAAACGUGUCGGUUCUCGCGAGAAUUUCGUUUCACUCGCGAAUCGAGUUCGACGAUGGGAAUGGAAGAAAAGUUGGUCGGUGGACGAUCCACGUUUAGUCAAUUCCCCGUGCAAUCGCGCCGGUUUUAUCGGCGUCGAGAUCGUCGUAGAUCGAGAAACUCUCGAAUUUCCGUGUCCCCGUCGCCUUUGAAACGCACAAAACUUUUCGAGACUCGAAAACUCCUUGAAACGAUCGUUCCAGGAGUGGCAACGUUACCACCAAAAAUCUCUUACCGAUUUCAAAAUCAUCCCAUCACUGUCCAUUUCCUUUUUUCCAUUCGAAAUCGAAAUGAAAAAUUUCAAUUCAUCAUUUUUAUAUCAAUGAUCUCGACGUCUACGACGAUUCGAAUUUCCGGUGAAUCGUAUUUCCGGCUUCAGCAGAAUCGCGACUAUACAUAAGAUGAAUAAAUUACCGAAAAUUUCGAGGCGUCGUGAUCGUUCCCUCCGAAUCGUGUGUACGUCGUCCCUUCGUCUCCGUCGAGGCUCCUUCAGCGAGCAACGUGUUAAUUGCGACGCCUAAUUGAACGUCAGACAAUCGAGAGCGGGCUCGUCGCCCUGAACAGAAUCUUCGUACGGAAUUUUCUAUGGUGUACAGCCGGACGAGGUGUAAAACGAGACGAUAAAAGAGCUGCGUGCUCGAGGAAUCGAUGCCUCACGAUGAUAUCGUCGUUGCUUUUGUAUCAUAGACGAGCGUUUCUUCUUCGGAUGAUUAUCUGUGAGUACCUUUGUUUCCGCUUCAUUUCAAAAUCUCACCCUCCCACUUUAUUUUUUAUUGUGCCAUCCCUUAGAUGUUAACUUAUUAUUCAUAGCUGUUAGAUAGAAGGAUUUUUAGGCUACUGUACAUUGCUCGUGCGAUUUUCGUGGAAAUUGUUUAAUUUCUUUCUUUGAAGUUGUUGGAUUACAGUUCGACAAAAUUACGAUAUAUUAAGUAUCGAUUUUUAAUAAUUUUAACAAAUUUUCAAUUGAGAAAAUAUAAAAGGUAUGGAGUUAAUUUACAUAAAUUACAAAAUUGAAAAUUACCAAUUUUUUGAAAAGUCAAAACUCUUAUCCAUCGUCUUCAAAUCGGCCGAACAUUUUCCACGAAAAGCACAUUAAAUUUAUGACCAAAUAUAAUCACGCCUAAGUUCGAUCGCCUUCUAAUUAACUAAAUUAGCAAAUCCUGUGUGAGAUCGAUGGACCACGAACGAACUUGUCGAAUCAAUCGCCGAUUUCAAUUGUUUCUCGCUAGAAAUGGUUCCCCGCGUCGCUUUUAUCGUAACGUGAAACGAACGAAGAAUGAUAAUCCAUCGUGUCAGGAAAUUGGUCCCUGAUAAGGUGGACGACCGAUUGAUAACGUGGAGUAUCGCUUGCCCCAGCGCGAUCUAGCAAACAGAGGACAGAAUAGCUAAAAAAAAAAAAAUUAUCGAUAAUGUUGAGAUUGUUUGUCAUAGUAUAUGCGUUAUCAUAAUAUAUAGAGUAUCGCGAUAUAUAGUAUAUGAAUGGUCGGACUGCAAAAUGACGUGGCCGGAGACGACGGGGUUUCAAGUUGAUGGACAUUGAAAUUUGAAGAUUUUAACCCUUUACAAUCAAAAAUUGGAAAAUAUAAUAUAAUUGAUUAAAGUGUACGGAUUUAUUUGAAUGGGAUGAAUUUUAGAAAUUUUCUGUAGGGAAAGGGUUGAUUGAACAGUUUCUGAUCGUAAAGGGUUAAUCGCUUCAAGAAGAACAAGUAUGGAAGUUGAUCCAACGAAUUAUACCGUGAAAAUCUUUUCUAUUCUAAUUCUAUCUCACCAGUGUCGUUAAACAGUGGAAACGUGAUAUGGCGGAAGGAUUAUUUAAAUGCUGGAGGAAUAUUUUGUUCAGAAUUUCAAAUAAAUAAUAAAUAACGUUUCAUUUUUUCAAAAAAUUAUUAGGUGGUUAAAUAAUUUUACCUAAAUUAUUAGGUGGUGAUACUUUGAAGAUAAUUUCAAGGUAAUUUAACAGAGUAGGUAAUUUUAAUAAAUAAUUAUAUUCAAUUUAUAUUGAAUUCUAAUUGAAACAAUGAAUAAAUGCAGCAGCUUGUAGUCUAAAUUUAUUCGUUAAGAAGGAAAAUUAAAUUAGCAUGAAGGAGAAAUCUCUUGGAAUUUAAUAAGAUAUUCCUGAGAUAAUAAUUCGCAAUCAGAAAUACUGCUGUCAGUAUUGAGAAACUUAUUCCAAUUAUAAAAGAAAAAUGUUAAAGUUUAAAUUGAAUAAAAUACUCGAGUAUUUCUGAAAUAUUCUUUAAAAAACGUAAGCUAAAAAUAUUACUCGUUAACGAUGUAGAUUCUGAAUCCUCGAAAAAAUUUUUUAAUUAAAUGAAAAUUUGUACAGAAAACUGAAUCAAAAAAGAAAAUUAUGAAGUCUUCGCUUAAUAAUCUGUUUAAAUUUACAGGUUGAAGUUGAACUUCAAAGAACAAUAUACUUUUUUUUCUAAAUAUUAUUUCGGAUUCGCUGCAAAAAAUUCUGUAAUUAAGUGAACAAUUUUAACAGAAAAAAAUUACUCAUUAGCUUUAUAAAAUAUGCAAAGAACAAUGUUUCCAUGAAUAUCACAGAAUUUUUAUAAAUUAUAAAUGAAAAUUAAUUUUGAUUAAUUGAUUACCCUAGGGUAAUAGGGUCAUCAGUAAUUAGCGCUAAAAAUUUAAUUUAUUUGAGUAAUAAGAGAUUAAAAUGGAGCAUUAAAAUAGCAAUUCAAUCUAGUUUAUAACUAGUGUUUUUCUGAAAAAAAAUCUCCUAGCAGUGUUUAAUCCUUCUGUCAUUUCGAGUGAUUUUUGCUUAAACUCUUCAUCAUCGUCAUUGUCGUCAUCGUCAAAAGCGUCCUGCAAAAUGGCAUUUUGUGGCACGACGUCUGUUGUCAAUCGAAACGCACGCACGCACGCGUACAAAGGGAGACAAAAAGAUGAAAAAGUAGAUAUAAAUAUAUAUAAAGAGAGAGAGAGAUGAAAGAAAAAGAGAGAACAAUAGAAUUAUGCGGGGUUACCGCGUGCGCCACGUUAUUCCGUAACACCUUGACUGCCGCAGUGGAAAUGGCCAUACAUAGUACGGCACAUUGUAAUAACGAUUACUAUGCACACCAUUAUCCUAAUUUUCACCUUUUAAUUUUCUACUUUUACACUAUUACCAUUGUCUUAAUAGGAGGGUAUCUGUAUCCUCUUUGACAUUUAAAAAAGUGAUUUAUUUCAAAAUCAUUUUGCACAUUUUUAGGUCUAUAUUCCAUGUCAAUUUUAAUACUUUGAUAUUUUACUAUAAAAUACGAAAUGAUCAAAGGGUUAAACAGGCCAGUUAUGAAUAUUUUCAUUGUUAACACAAGAUGUCAUUAAUUUUUAAAAAAUUGAUGAACCUAUUAAUUAAAAAUAUAUUUUUCUCGUCUAGAAAAUUUCCAAAAAAUUAUUUUCACCUGUCUUCUAGAGGUGAUCUUGAUUUAGCAAAGAUAAUAUUUUGAAAAGACAUCAUCAGUAAAAUGACCCUUUCAUUCCCAAAAUACUUAUGGCAGUCAUAGUGUUGAAAUAGAACAUCCACAACCCUGUAAGGGUGAAAACCAUGAAAGCACGGUGGUCCACGUUUCCCAUGAUGUUUCACGUGCGUAGAGCGUUCUCAUUAAAUUCAAGAUUUCAAGUGUUCUAGAGACGUGUUCCGAGUUUUUUCAAUGAUUCUCGAUGAUCAUAAUAGGAUAUAACGUAAGCUAGGCUUAAGUACAACUCUCUAACUUACUAAUAAAGAAAAAAAGUCUGUCUCUGUCUCUCUCUCGCACACCGGAAACAUAUAAACAUGCAUACGUACACACAUACACACACACAUACAGAACACAUGGAUCCUCUGACAAAACAAAAAAUAAUAAAAACAAAUAUUAAGCUCGUAGGUACCAAAGAUAAGGAAAGUUCGGUGUUAGUCGUUAGGAUGCUCAUUAACACAAUGAUUCAUGGUCCGCCAUUUGAUCACAGUUGUCUUUAAAAACAAAUAUAUUAAAAAAAAAAA